CUUCGAUGUGACGUGGAACUCUGAGCAGUACUUCCUGGUGUGAGACCGAACGUAGGAAAAUCUGCUGUGGUGUGUGGGGAAGACGUUGAACGACUCGAAAUGGGGGGUUUCUUUUCCAGCAUCUUCUCCAGCUUGUUUGGAACUCGGGAAAUGAGAAUUCUAAUUCUGGGGUUAGAUGGAGCUGGAAAGACCACAAUUCUGUACAGGCUGCAAGUGGGAGAAGUUGUCACUACCAUUCCAACAAUUGGUUUUAAUGUUGAGACAGUGACAUACAAGAACUUGAAAUUCCAAGUGUGGGAUUUAGGAGGACAAACAAGUAUCAGACCCUAUUGGCGCUGCUAUUAUUCCAACACUGAUGCUGUGAUAUAUGUGGUAGACAGCUGUGAUAGAGACAGACUUGGGAUCUCCAAAUCAGAGCUUGUUGCCAUGUUAGAGGAAGAAGAGUUGAAAAAAGCCAUUUUGGUUGUAUUUGCAAACAAACAAGAUAUGGAACAGGCAAUGACUCCUACGGAAGUUGCAAAUUCUCUUGGUUUACCAGCUUUGAAAGAUCGAAAAUGGCAGAUUUUCAAAACAUCGGCUACAAAGGGCACUGGACUGGAUGAAGCAAUGGAAUGGUUGGUGGAGUCCCUGAAGAGCAGGCAGUAAAACUCUUACCACUCCACAAAUGUGGCUGUAUGUACAUAGAACUCACCACCACCUGGACUUAUCAAGAAGGAUGUUAGAGAUGCAUCAUCUAUUCUCAAACGGCAGUGUACCAUACUGUGCUAUCACAUGUGCUUUAUCUAUAAGUAGUGUAGCUUUACUUUAUUUAUAUGAAAUGUUUGUAAUGACAAUGGAUCUUUGGAGAAUGCACUUGGGUGUGAGGCCAUUUUUCUUUGGGGUGGAGUAUUUUUAAUACUAUAACAAAAUGUCAACUACAAUCUUAUGGAGAGAAUAGCCAUAAACUACGUAGUUCAGUUUUCUUAGCUCUGUGGAGAAAGAUUUUAAAUUCUUCCAAAAUAAACCAUUUCUUUAAUGACCUCUCUUGGAAAUCUUUAACAAGCGAUACUUGCUUGACCACGAAAAUAGUGAAGUAUAAAAGUGAUAUGUAUCAAAUGUCUUAAAAGGACUGCUGCAUUUAUACAAUUUUUCUGGGGGGGGGAGGGGGAGAAGAGACCGGUCUACAACUGCUAGAUGCAUGUGCUUUAGGCAGAGUAAAAUCAAACAUUCCCUGUGGGUGGACUGCAACAGUUAAUUUGGACAUCCUGAAACUGUAUGUAUGAAGUCCGGAUUUUAUCAGUUCCGUUCUGAAACUUCUUGUGAAAACACACCCUUUACCCAGUUUUAAACUCUAUAUUCUGUUAAUGUUAAUAAACAUGAUCUAUCAACCUGUCAGAA